AUGUCCACUGCUUCAAUUUUGUCUUUAGCAGAUCAGAUCAAGGCGGAGGCCGCGGAAGGCUCAUCAAACCAAGGUCAUGAUCAUGUGCGCCUUCUCCAGCUAAUUGAUGAGUUGAAACUUGCGGUUGAGACACCAACAGAGACCAUUCUUCGUUUGAUUUAUCAACCACCAGAAAACGCAGCUUUACGAACCGUGGUCGACCUUGGUAUCUUUCCCCUUCUUGUGAAUUCUCCCCAAAAGGAGGGCCUGUCAGCGUCGGAUCUAGCGCUUCACACAGGUGCCGAGCGGGGGCUCGUGAUUCGUCUUAUGCGAGUGAUGUGCUCUCUGGGCUUGUGCGAGUCCUCGGAGACCGAAGUAUAUCGAACAACCGACAAGACUAUUUCAAUGACGAAACCAAUUGGUCGUGAUGGAGUCCCAUGUUUAUACGAUCUUACUCUUCCUGCUCUUUCAAAGCUCCCCGAAUACCUUCGUCAACACAAGUAUACAAACCCCGAGGAUUAUUCAACAUCUCCCAUGCAAUGGGCGGUGGGAAAGAGUCAAUUCGAAUGGCUUGCAGAGAAUAAAAAGCAUCAGUCUCUUUUCAACUCUUACAUGUCAAGUCGUCGAGAGGGAAGGCCCAAUUGGUUCGAUGUUUAUCCCAUGGACAGAUUGUCAGAGGGGGCUGAUCUUCACCCUGAUGCUAUAUUCCUAGUUGAUAUCGGUGGGAAUCAGGGUCACGACUUGCAAGCAUUAUCUAACAGAAAAUCAGAUAUCUGUGGACAACUUGUGCUUCAAGAUCUACCGAGAAUUGUUUCCAACGUCGAUAGACCUGGAAUAAAAACCAUGGGCUACAGUUUCUUGGAUCCGCAGCCCAUCAAAAAUGCACGAGCGUAUUAUUUUCGAGCAAUCUUUCACGAUUGGCCAGACCGGAUCUGUAAGAAGAUUUUACUAAACACGGUCUCGGCGAUGGGAAGCUAUUCCAGAGUCAUAAUUGUCGACUUUGUUCUUCCGGAUACGAAUGUCCCUCGCAUGCAGGCUGCGAUGGACAUUCAAAUGAUGUCUAUCGGAGCGGGCGUUGAGAGGUCAAAAAAGCAGUGGGAGGAUCUCCUUGCUAGUGUUGGAUUGAGAGUGAAUGGAAUUUGGAAUGCUCACCCUGGUAUGGAGUCAAUAAUUGAGUGUGUCCUCAACGAGGAGAGGGAGAUGUUUUGA